UAUGGACAGAGUAGGCCCGGGGGUGGUUCUUGAGGUCCUGGUGACAAGGGGAGCUUCCAAGUCUUUCCCUUGGAGAGCAGGCCUGCCUGGAGACUUUUGCUCUCAUCCAGCCAGAGCUGAAAAAACCCAGUCUUUGCCCCUUGUCAUUCCCCAUCUGUGCUUCUUCCAGCUCCCACCCAGCCACCAACAACGACAGCUGCUGCCCUGGAGCGUUUCACCGUCAACUUCACCAUCACCAACCUCCCCUACACUUCUGACCUGGAGAAUCCUGACUCGGCCAAGUUCAAAGCUACUCGAAGGGUUAUGAACAUGAUGCUGGACCGCCUGCUGAAGGAAAGCAGCAUUGGCUCUACUUUCCAUGGAUGUGAAACGACAGAUUUCAGGCCGGGCAGUCACAGGGACGAGACCCGGGUGGACGCCGUGUGCACCUACAGCAAGGAGGCCUCGGCUGCGCCUUUGGACAGGGUGGGGCUGUACCACCAAGUGAGCAACAAGACCAGAGGCAUCAGCCAGCUGGGCCCCUACAGCCUGGACAAGGACAGCCUCUACGUCAACGGCUACAACGAGCAGCCAGUGCUGACCACUCCUACCCACCCACCAACAACGACAGCUGCUGCCCUGGAGCGUUUCACCGUCAACUUCACCAUCACCAACCUCCCCUACACUUCUGACCUGGAGAAUCCUGACUCAGCCAAGUUCAGAGCUACUCAAAGCUCUAUGAACACCCUGCUGGACCGUCUGCUGAAGGAAAGCAGCAUUGGCCCUGUUUUCCAAGGAUGUGAAACAACAGGCUUCAGGCCGGGCAGUCACAGGGACGAGACCCGGGUGGACGCCGUGUGCACCUACAGCAAGGAGGCCUCGGCUGCGCCUUUGGACAGGGUGGGGCUGUACCACCAAGUGAGCAACAAGACCAGAGGCAUCAGCCAGCUGGGCCCCUACAGCCUGGACAAGGACAGCCUCUACGUCAACGGCUACAACGAGCAGCCAGUGCUGACCACUCCUACCCACCCACCAACAACGACAGCUGCUGCCCUGGAGCGUUUCACCGUCAACUUCACCAUCACCAACCUCCCCUACACUUCUGACCUGGAGAAUCCUGACUCAGCCAAGUUCAGAGCUACUCAAAGCUCUAUGAACACCCUGCUGGACCGUCUGCUGAAGGAAAGCAGCAUUGGCCCUGUUUUCCAAGGAUGUGAAACAACAGACUUCAGGCCGGGCAGUCACAGGGACGAGACCCGGGUGGACGCCGUGUGCACCUACAGCAAGGAGGCCUCGGCUGCGCCUUUGGACAGGGUGGGGCUGUACCACCAAGUGAGCAACAAGACCAGAGGCAUCAGCCAGCUGGGCCCCUACAGCCUGGACAAGGACAGCCUCUACGUCAACGGCUACAACGAGCAGACAGUGCUGACCAGUGAGUACCUUGCAGGAGCGGGAUGGGAUCACAACACUGCAAGUGCCACACUGAGAACUUUUAUGGACAGAGUAGGCCUGGGGGUGGUUCUUGAGGUCCUGGUGACAUGAGGAGCUUCCAAGCCUUUCCCUUGGAGAG